UUUUAUGCCUAUUGUUUGCUUAAAACUGAAUUUGAUUAUAGAUAAUAUUGUUGAACAUAUGUUAUUGUUGAUCAUUCAUUAUAUAAUGCAUGCAUAAUAAUUUCAAUUUAAAAUUUGGUUCAUUUGCACUAAUUUCGUAUUAUAGAAACCACAUAGAAGAUAUAAAGCAGGGCUCGGCGGAGUCACUUUUCUCACUUAAAGUCAAUGUCUUAAAAAAUAGUAACUUUUAUUUACUAUUUUUAAGCUCUUGUCACUUAUCUAACUUUUUUUUUAAUUGCGUUCCACAAUUUUCCUUUUUCAAUCCCAUAAAAAACUUUGCUUUCCCCUCCCCCUUAUUGUCCUGUCCUAGUGAGUCACCUAAAUGGGUGAGGGUAAAGCGCCAAUGAAAUUGCUGAUUUGCGAAAUCCGUGCAAAGAGUUUCAAAUGCUGUAUGACGUCACAGUUAGAGAUUUCACGUUCUUCAUCUGGAAAUUUCAUCAUCAAUCCUACUUUCGUUUGCUCUGCUUUGGAUUUUGGAAUUUUAUGGAAAUUGGAAUUUCAUUUUCUAGUAUAUGCUGGAUGCAUGGGACUUGUUUUUCUAAUACAAGGUUUUAACUGUUAAUGAUGAGUAAAUACACAUUUAAUCCAAUAUGGCUUAUGAAAGAUGAUGGUACAGGCAAAGAAGUAUCAGAAUGGGGAAAGAAACACGAUGAUUAUUCUAUCUUCUGUCAAGUUUGUUCAUCUACUGUGAAUAUCUCUAAUAAGGGGUUUCAAGCAAUAUCUCAGCAUGCUGGCACAAGAAAGCAUCAAGAGCAAAUGGACAUUAAAAAGAAUCCUCUUCAAUCGCUUUUAUUUAACAACAUAUCUUCAAAUGAGGAAAUGCAAGCUGCAAGCAGCAGAACAAACACUCUCCGUACCAUUUAUCUUCAUAGUGAAAAAGAAUCUGCUACUGUUGCCGAACUUAUAUGGGCAAUGAAAACUGUUGCAUCAAAUUAUUCAUCAGCAGCAUCUUCUGACAUUGUCGCAACUUUUAAAGCUAUGUUUCCUAACAGUAUUCCACCAUCUUUUUCAUUGAAUCCAAGGAAAAUUCCUUAUUUAAUCACAGAUGCCCUAGCUCCUUACUUUAAGCAAGAAAUUAGUGAAGAUAAUAAAAAUUCAUUUUUUACUAUAAUGUAUGAUGAAACUACCAACUCUGCGAACAAGAAGGAAUUGCAGACUGUUGUACAUUACUGGUCAGAUGCCCUGAACUGUGUGAUUUCACAACAUUUAAAAAUAAUGUUUAUAGGGUCUGCAACUGCCGAAAAUAUUUUCAAAAAAGUAACAGAAGUCAUCGAUGAAAUGAAACUUCCACUAGCCAAAGUGUUGAUGUUUGAGAGUGACGGUCCUAAUGUUAACAAGAAAGUUCAUAGGUUGAUGAAUGAAGAAGUAAAACUUGCAUUGAACAGAGAGUUUAGAAGAAUUUAAAUUAGCAAAAGCAAUGCUGCAAGGUGUUGCUAAAGUAAGGAAGGAAGAAGAUGAGGAAAGAAAAAGAGGAGAUGCCAUUCAAAAAAACUCUAGAAAAGAAGUACGCUCUGAUAGAGAGUUAUUUUAAGGCUAACUCAAAAUAAUGGAUACAUUUCCUUACUUAGAAUAACUGAUUUCAUUAAUGACAUCAAUUCAUGAAAAUUCAGGACUUAAUUACUAAUAUUGAUUUUAUCUUUGUUAUGUUUAAAAAUAAAAGUUAUCUUAAUUUAAG